AUGGCGUCCAAAUACGUUGGCCUUUUCGUCCUUCUCCAGCUUCUAGCCCUGAAUGUAUUUAGCCAGACAUCUGCCUUCCCCACGCCUACAGCUUCAACGGACGAUAAAACUGUGUACAACAGACAGUUGACAGAAGAAAGACCACUACAGGAGCAGAUUGCUGAGGCGGACAGUGUGAAAGCUGCAGUGCAGUCAGCGGAGAGCAGGCGUCCCACCGCCUCCAAGGAAACAGAGUCAGAGCAGGACCGUGAUGACUUGACCGUGCUCAAGUCACUGGCCAGUGGCCAGAGAUCGAAGGAGGAGUCUGAGGUCCCGGUCCAGAAGGAGGAUCAGUACGUUCCUGAUGAAUCCGAUUCCACCAAGAGCAGACGUCUGGCUGAGGACUACGACUCCACCAAGAACGGGAUGGAUGACGGCAAGUACCAGGAUGACCCGGAGACCUUCCGUCAGGUCGACGGCACCCCCCUGACAGCAGAGGACAUUGUCCAGAAAAUCGCAAACAAGAUCUACAUGGAGGAUGACAGAGGGGUGUUCGACAGGAUCGUCUCCAAGCUGCUCAAACUGGGCCUGAUCACAGAUAGUCAGGCAGAUACUCUGGAGUACCAGGUGGCUGAGGCCCUCCAGGAUCUCAUCACCAAAAACGCCAAGAACAACGAAAUUGAGGACAUGGAGAGCAACGACCAAGAAACCGGGGGAGAGCAGGACGACCAGGGUUCAGACACAAACACGGACACAUGGGAGCCACCCAGGCGCCGCUACAACGAAGAAGGGGAGGACGAGGAAGAAGAUGACGAUGAGAUUGAGGACGAGGUGGACAGGGAUGCAGAAGAAGACGGGGGCGAUGCGGCUGACAACACCUGGGACCAAGACACUGAGGAAGGCAAUGAGGUGAGCCCUGAAGACGGGCUCCAGGACCUGCAGUACUUUCCCAACUUCUACCGUCUGCUCAGGAGCCUCAACUCAGAUCAAGACACUCAGGAGCGGGAGACGUUGAUCACCAUCAUGAAGACGCUGAUUGACUUCGUAAAGAUGAUGGUGAAGUACGGCACCAUCACGCCUGAGGAGGGGGUUUCCUAUCUGGAGAACCUGGAUGCUAUGAUAGCCAUGCAGACCAAGAACAAGCUGGGCAAGUCUCUUGGGCUUCCUGACUUCACUGGACCCAACGGGAAAAACUUGGAUGAGGACGAUAACACCAAGGCUGAGGCCGCCAAGAUGCAGAAGGAAUAUGAGAACCUGAAAGACUCAACCAAGGAGGAGCAGCCACCAACUGAGUCCAAUCGGCCUGGCAAGUCAGAGACUUAUCUGGAGGCCAUCAGGAAGAACAUUGAGUGGCUGAAGAAACACAACAAAGAAGAAGGCAAAGAUGAUUAUGACCUGUCCAAGCUGAAGGACUUCAUGGACCAGCAGGUGGACUCCUACAUCGAGAAGGGCAUCAUCGCCAAGGACGAAGGCGACACCAUCAAGAGGAUCUACAGCAGCCUGUAACGCUAUCAUUCAUCCUCCGACCCACCUCUGGCCUAAAACACAGGAAUGAAUCUGACACUAAGAUCUCCAACAAAACCCUGACUACUUACAGUUAUUUCCCAUGGCAUGGUAAAGUAUAUACUGUGUAUUCAAAACUACCUGCUUAGGGGACCUGGUUUACCCUCCCAGACAGUCCCAAUAUGUAUUAAAGAAACAAACAAGAUUUAAUAACACUCAACAAAACAGUAAAGUUAUUCCUUACCGCUCCCUAACUGAUCAUAUUUGCACAUCAAGAUUACACAGGAAUAAUCCCCAGAACAGCUUAUUGCUGAGAGAAAUCCAAAUGUUUUAUGUAACAAACUCAUACGUCCAACUAAAUGCUAGCAUUUACUCCAACCUGACUCCUGUGAGAAAUGAAUGUUACGAGAGUACGAUGCCGUAGCUUUGUCAUCAACUUGUUUCCCGAAACAUUUUUGCAACAAAAUACACAUUUAUCAAAUUGUACUCAUUAUGUGUAACCUGUCAUAGACUAUUAUCUUUAUUUUUUCCAGCGUAUAUGUAAGAGCUUAAUGUAUUCUUGCUUUUUAUUUACCAAAAAUAUAUUUGUUGCGUAUCAUGUCAUUGCCCUCCGUGCUCCUCUGUUGUGUUCUGCUGUAAUUCUUUCGGCCCACUAGGGGGGGGAUGUCUGCAUCAUCUACUCUCUGCAUGUCUCUAUGAGUUCAACAUUUCCAUCUCUGUAGAGACACAAGACAAAGUAUUUUUGAAUGUAAAUAUUUGUGAUUUUUUUCCUAAAAUGUAAAAGCAAUUAAAACAUUGCCUUUUCUUUACCUGGUGUAGUUAACUGUGAUAAUGAAGCAGCACUGACAAGACACCAAUGACACGGCAUCCAGAUGCUCACAAGAGCCUGCGUGGUCCUGAAAACAAAUUGAGAUCUUCACGUCUGGUUUAAAUACAUAUUUAUUCUCCCCAAAUAAAACCAAAACACAAUGUAAAAUCACAAAGAACAGCUGUUACAGACAGUUGUCAACACACAU